AUGGCCCAAGACAACUCUCCAAACAAGACCAUAACAAUGAAUCAGAGACGCAGCCGCACCAAAUUCACAGAAGAUCAAUUGAAAAUUCUCAUCAAGGCAUUUGACCAAAAUCCUUACCCAGGUUAUGCUACCAAACAAAGACUUGCUUUAGAAAUCAACACUGAUCAGUCCAGAAUCCAGAUUUGGUUUCAGAAUCGAAGAGCUAGGCACCAGUGCCAGAAAAAAUCAGAACCCGAUGAGGACUUAGAAUCAAGUCAAGACCAAGAUCACUCUGAAGAGGAGAUUCAAAGUAGAGAAGACAGACGGUGUCGUACCAGCUAUACUUCUUCACAAUUACACACCCUCAUCGGGGCAUUUAUGAACAACCCUUAUCCUGGCAUUGAUACCAGAGAGCAACUUGCUAAAGAAAUUGGCAUUCCAGAGUCAAGAGUCCAAAUUUGGUUUCAAAAUCGGAGAUCCAGAUUCCAUGUCCAGAGUAAAAGAGAACCUGAUGAUCAAGACUCAGAACAGAGACAAGACCAGGAACAGGAUCUCUGGGAUGAGAGAGUUCAAGAGAGAGAGAGGGAGAGGAUUUGGGGUACCAGUACCAUCCUUACACUGGAUAAGCAGGGUCCUCCCUCAGACUCCAUACCUCAGUACCACACUUUGAAGCACCUUUUUAAAAAUUAUCUGGAUACCAUGGGUAUAGCAGUACUAUCUGGGUAA